AUGCUCUCUUACAACCGCCUUUUGCUUCUUGCUAUCAACGCUCUGAGCCUGGCCACCGUCGCACGCUGUGCCUCUUUCAAUUGUUCAUCUUUCGGGCAGUCUGUGGACCUAUCCUCAUACAAUGCUACUAUCCUCAAUUCCACCCACUAUGCCGUUGGCGAACUGAAUGAAGCGGGGACUGUGAACGCGGUCCCCUUUUGCGAAGUGUAUACUUCCGUCGGUUAUGGCACGAACGACACCAUCAUCUUCGCACUAUGGCUGCCCGACAAGCAGUACUCCUCUCGGUUUAUGGCAGUUGGCAACGGUGGCCAGGGAGGAGUUAUCCCCUACACCGACAUGAUGGAAGAGUUGAAUAGCGGGCUGGGCUUCGCUGUAGCCGGUGGCAACGCAGGCCACUUAGCCUCAGACAACGAUGCCGGCACUGGCGCUGGUCUCGGCGCGCCUGGCGUCUAUCAGCCGUUCCUUCACGACGAGGACCAAGUGAAAGCCUGGCUCCAUAAUGCCAUUAGCCUGAUCACACCGCCGGCAAAGGAGCUGAUCAAAAUCUCCUACGGGGAUCAGCCAGAGCAUUCCUACUAUAGGGGCUGCUCCGCCGGUGGUGCGCAGGGAUUCUCGCUUGCUGAAUUCCACCCCGACCUCUUUGACGGAGUUAUUGCAGGGUGCCCUGCAAACUGGUUCACCCGCCUUAUACUGGGCUUCCUCUGGAACUCUCAACAAGCAAGUACCAACGCAACGUUUCUUUCCGACUCCGUUUUGGAGUUUAUCCAAGCGAGCGUGAUCCGCGAAUGCGACCUCAUCGACGGCGUAGCAGACAACCUUGUCGAAAACCCGCUCGCCUGCCCCUUCAACAUCUCCUCUUUAGCCUGUACAGAAGGUUCUUCUGCCGGCAACGUCACGUGUCUCACGCCUGACCAGCUCUCCGCCGUGAAAGCGAUUUACCAAGGACCUGUGCGUUCGGAUGAUCCCAGCAAGUCUCUCUGGCCAGGUGUCGCACUCGGUUCCGAGGCUGGCUGGUCGCUUCCAAUAGUACAAGGUCUCCUCUCCUCUGUAUUCGCCGUGCCAAUUCUGCAAAAUCUGGUAUACGACGACCUAGCCUACGAUCCAACGACAUUCAACUGGGGAUCCGACGUAGAUGUCUUAGAAGAACGAGCCGGCAGGCUGAUCAAUUCGAUUAAAACUGAUCUCUCAUCCUUCCGCGACCGCGGUGGGAAGAUGAUCGUCUUUGCCGGCUGGGCGGACCCGAACAUUACCCCAGAGUGGUCAAUCAAACAUGUUGAGGCCAUCACGCAAGAUACCAUUGGGCCCGAGACUACUAUAGCGGAGAACGACUUUGUCAAGCUCGUCAUGGUGCCUGGGGGCGGGCACUGUGGCGCAAACAUAGCCAAGUAUCCUUAUGUGCCCGCGCACUAUGAUUUCUCGACCGCAAUGGUAGAUUGGAUAGAGAAGGGGCAAGAGCCGGUUGAAGGGAUCAAGAGCUGGGGUCCGACGAACGGAGAUGAGAGGACCAGGAGACUUUGUACAUGGCCCCAGGGUGCGAAGCUGAAAGAAGGGGGGAAUGUAGAUGACUGGGAGAGCUAUAAUUGUGAAUAA